AUGGGUAAGGAAUUCGAGAACCAGUUGAUGUGUGCCAGCUGCAGAGAUGCAGGGUACAACAGUAGAGUUCAUGGAGUAGACCUUCAGCCAGGUGUACGAGUGCUAGUUCAGAAUCUUUCUGAAAGAGAAGGACCUGGCAAGCUCCAAUCAUACUGGGAAAGCAGAGUGUACUUGAUCGUCAAAAGAAGGAGUGACGUGAGUCGGUGUAUGAAGUCAUACAUGAAGGAGGAGAUUCCUACUGCCUUGAGUCAGUUCCAGAAUCCUGUUUGUCUCAACCCUGAAGCAGAACUGUUCAUGCCAAGUGUGGAGCAGCACUGGGAACAAGAGCCACAGGGGACUGAAGAGGAGAUAGCAGAAGUGGUGCUAGAGGAGCGAAGGGAGGAGGAUCUUGGAAUGCCUGCAGGACAGCCAGAGGUAUCAGAAGAACAAGCAUCAAGUGAGAGUGAGGAUGAUGACUCCUUACCUGUGAAUUCUUAUCCAAGGAGAGAACGGCGUCGUCCAAAAGUUCUGACUUAUGACUCGUUGGGAUAUGGAAUAGUGAAGCUGGACCUGAAGACCAAGUCACAGAACGGAGUUGAAUUCAACACAUCUGGCUCUACUAAUAUUGACACUGGCAAGGCCGGUGGUAGUUUGGAGACCAAGUACAAGCUGAAGGAGCUGGGCCUGGGUCUCAAUCAGAAAUGGAACACGGACAACACUUUCACUACCGAGCUUUCUGUGGAGGACCAGCUGGCAAAGGGCUUGAAGGUGGCACUUGACGCGUCCUUUGUCCCAAACACAGGCAAGAAGAGUGGCAAGCUGAAGAGUGGCUACAAGCGGGACUACAUCAACCUGUCCUGCGAUGUUGACUUUGAGGGCCCAGUCGUGCAUUCCGCAGCUGUUUUGGGCUACGCAGGCUGGUUGGCUGGUUACCAAAUGGCAUUUGACACAGCUAAGUCCAAACUGGUGCAGAACAACUUUGCUCUUGGCUACAAGGCUGGCGAUUUCCAGCUUCACACCAAAGUUAAUGAUGGCACUGAGUUUGGUGGCUCUGUCUACCAGAAGGUUAACAAUCAGCUGGAGACUGCUGUCAAUCUGGCCUGGACUGCUGGCAGCAACAACACACGCUUUGGCAUUGCUGCCAAGUACCAACUGGACAGUGAUGCUUCUUUGUCUGCCAAGGUGAACAAUGCCAGUCUGAUUGGAAUUGGUUACACUCAGACUCUGCGACCAGGUGUGAAGGUGACACUCUCUGCGCUCAUCGAUGGCAAGAAUUUCAGCACCGGAGGACAUAAAGUUGGAAUGGGCUUUGAACUUGAAGCGUAAAUGCCCAGUCUUGUGGUAUUUCUCCUCUACGUCCCAUCGUUCGUUAUACACAAGCAUUUACCCCGUCACGUUGAAAAAAAUGAGACGUGAUCAUCGGUGCUUUGAGUCAACACUUGAAAGCUAAAUGCUUCCAUCCGCUAAGUAGAUGGUGCACCAAUGAUAGGAAUGUUCUGAGUUCUAAACACUUAAAUAUCCUGUUAAAAAUAAUUAUUAUUAAAAAAAAAAACACUGCACUACACCACUACAGGUUUCAUGGCAUUUAAUGGCAGUUGGAGUCGGUAUACAAUUAAUUCAAGAUAUUUUCCUGUUUUAUUAGCAGAGUUAACUUUGCAUAAUAUAACAUAAGUGAAGCGUUUGCUGGUCUUCUGGGGGAUUUCAGUAUAAAACUAGGAAAGCUAACAGGUUGCAGUGUAAUAUCCUGUAGUCGGUACACAGACUUUUCAACAUGAUUAUUAAGUGAACGUGUCAAUAAAUUCCUUCAUCAGCAUCCUGCAAUAAACUUUAUCUGAAAA